CGAUGGCGCCAUCAACUGUGCAAGUACUGUCCGCGUGCUUGGCGAUCCUAGCCCUCGCUAGUUCGGUGAAUUGUAAUCCAUUUUUCGGCAAUAAUUAUGUGCUUCCACAAGGGGCACGACUCGCGAGUGCAGCAAACUCGGUGGUACGAAAUCUAGACUCUGCCCAGACGCAAGUAACCCGUUCUUUGGGCAAUCCAACGGCGUCGGAGUUUCUGAGGGCUGGAGCUACAGCACUGAGGGAUUACGUUGGCAACACGACGCUUGUGAUGGGACAACUGUUUCGCGAGGUGGCACAGGUUGCUGUGGAUCGUUCGACCGCACCAGCGGUGGUUUUCACGAGACUUUCGUUGGCCGUACAAGGAGUGUCCCAGUGGAAUCGAAACGUAUCCCAAUCGCUUGAUGUGUUUAGGGAGGCGUUUAACUACGAUGAGAACUCUAACACCGCCAGUUUUAUGGAGCACUUGAGAACUUCGUUCCACAAGAACGUUCAAGAUUUGUCCGGCGUAUUGCAGCGUUUGGGUGAUGCGGUCCUUCCAGUGGCGGGACAACCACUCAAUACGCAGCAGUUUUUGCAAGUGGUGUCUGCGAAUGGUACCCUGCAGCAGCUGCUGGAUGUGGUGGAAUCGACCGUACGUUUAUCGGGAGAAUAUUUGUCGAGCGUAAGCAACCUGGUAGCAGCAGUCCGUGCCGCAAACGACUUCCAAACACGAUCGUACUCCUUGCUUCGUACCAAUCAGGCAUCGAUCAAUACCAACGUUGAUCGUUACAGUACCGCUUCGAAUGCAUCCUUCUACCGGUUUCUUACCGUGGCCGAUUCGCUCUUCACUCAUCUUAAGGACACCAAUGAAAGUUUUGUCUUUCGAUGGCCCCUGCUCUUUAGUGCUGCUGUUCAGGAUAAGCUGAAUCUGCUGAACCAUUCGAUCGAUCAUCUAACAUGGAACAUAAUGCAGCGCACCGUCAAGGUGGCGCAGAAUCUACAGAGUACGAGUGCACUCUUCAAAGAGGGCAACAAUCCGCUGAACUACCUGCGUGAGGAAACCGACUUGUUCGCUCGUGUCAUGCUGGACGUACUGUACGGGGAAAACUACUGUGCCACUGGGUUCGUUACAACGUUCAACACAUUACCACAACAGGUAGCUACGCUUUUGGCGGGCUGUUUAAACGACCAGACCACACUCGAGAGUCAGGGUGCGGGCCAGCUUGUGUCGCUAGCAAACAGUUUCCUCCGGCCGUACGUUACUGUUAUCUACGGGCGGCUUAAUAUCUGUUUCCAGCAACCGUUCGACAAGAUGACGGAAUGUUUAGACAACAUCGUAGAGACUAUCGACUUUAGAGGGAAGUUCUUCUUGCUGGACCUUGCUAGCCAACUGUUCUUCGAACAGGUCCAGGAAGAGCUGCCGACCUGUAAUGAUCGCGUACUGGAGUUUGUUCGGAACUCGGGCUUGAGGGAGUCUUGCCAGAUUUACAAUAGCGUUGCCACGUGAUCGAUUGG